CUACUUUUGCUGGAUGAAGCUACCUCAGCUUUAGAUAGUGAAAGUGAAAAGCUAGUACAGCAAGCAUUAGACAGCAUCCUUGAAGAAGGAGGUCGUACAACCAUCACCAUUGCACAUAGGCUAUCUACUAUCACAAACGCAGACUUGAUUUGUGUCAUUAAAGGAGGCCGUGUCAUUGAGCAAGGAAACCACUGGAGCCUACUUAAACUUAAUGGCGUCUACAGUGACCUGGUAAGACAACAAUCACUAAACGCUUCCUAAGGACUUAGGUGUGACAAAAAAAUACCUAUUAAAAAGCCGUUUUCUUUGUACUUAAUAAACUUGCCUUUCCUAAUACUAAUGAAAUGAGUCGCCACUUUCAAAGCACAGACUUUAGUGAGCCUUAUUCUUCAGUGUCAUUUCAAUACAAACAGCAAACUUCGCCUUACCCGUAUAGUCAGCACGAAAACAUAUUCCCCAAGAAACAGCAAAUUGCGAGAUGGUAUCGACUUCAUCAAAAGACUAUUCUUUUACUGUCCAUGUUUCUACUGUUUGUACUUUACUGUUUACGAGGAACAGUUUCUGUAUAUUGGACAUUUGUGAAGAUCAAGAUGGACAAUACCAUGUUUGAUCGUGGCUAUGUUGCUUGUGGUUUACUCAGAAAAGAACCCAUGUUAUUUAUACAAGAUACUCAGCAUGUUCAAGUUAUUUGGGAAAUGAAUUGUGGCAUGUCAAACAAAGAAAUGGCCAUCACUUAUUGGCAUCAAGACAAUGAAGCCGAGAAAACUGUCAUUGGCUCUCUUGAGCCCAAAACGUUGGAUGCUUAUCAUACAGUUUACAAAGCCACAUUAGGUCCUCUUGUUCAGGGCGGAUCGAUUCACUAUACAAUUGAUAUGAUCAAGCAAAACAAGCUCAAGAAAAGACUUGCAGGUUACACAUUUGAAUGGUUUAUUGAUAGGGAUCAACAGCCUAUCCGCAUUGCUGCUAUCGCCGAUAACCAGUUUGGCAUGAUGACCUUUUCAUCUAUCUUACGACAGAUACGAAAACUACCUCAAAAGCCUCACUUUUUAUUACAUGCGGGUGAUGCAGUUCAAAACUACCCUUCUUUACGUCAAUGGCAAACAGACUUUGCUGCUCCAUUGACAGCACACGGACUUGUUCAGACAAUGCCUUUGAUCUAUGCUCAUGGAAAUCAUGACUAUGACACUGUAGGCGAUUAUACCUAUAGUCGGUCUGCAAAUUCAGAUACUCCUUGGUUUGCUUUUUCCAUGGCCAACAAUGCAAUUCGAUUUAUUGUAUUAGAUAGCAAUCUCGAUUGGGACUCACAAGAUGAAUGGCUUCGACAAGAGAUUAAGACAGACGAAUUCAAGCGGGCACAGUUUCGUAUUGUCGUCGUCCACGUACCGCCCUUUUUGGAAUAUUGGGAUCCAGAAGCUUGGUUUCAGUUAGGUCAAAGUGAAUGGGGCGCAUUUAUCAAGGAUCGUUACGUACCGCUGUUUGAAGAAGGCGGCGUUGAUCUAGUAAUUUCAGGCCAUCAGCACAAUUACGAAAGAGGGGAACGCCAUGGUGUUCAUUAUGCAAUUAUUGGUGGUGCUGGUGGUGACUUAGAUUUUGAACAAGUUAAAGAUUGGGGCAUGUAUGAAGCUAAAUUAUUGGAUUUUCAUUUUGUGAUGCUUGAAUUCAGGCCUUCUGAAGUACCCAAUGAACCAUGGGUAUUACAAUGGGACACUUAUGAUAUAAAGGGACAAAAAGUAGAUACAGCUUUAAUUGCUGCUCGUCCUAAAACAGUUGAUUUUUAAUGUAGAUAGAAACGAGGGAAGAAAGAGAAAAAAAAGUAUUAUACCAAGUAAUAAAGCUAUUUAUAUGUUUACAGAAUUUAGAAAAGA